AUGACUGUAUCGAAGAAGAGGAGGGUGCUCAACCAACCAGUUACAGUAUUUUUGAACAUACUGGUGAUCAUCUCCAUCUCUCACUUCAAGCAGCUCCACACUCCAACCAACCUGCUCAUCCUCUCUCUGGCUGUGGCAGAUCUCCUGGUGGGACUGAUUGUGAUACCAGUAACGACUGUAGCAUUAAUGGAACCAUGCUGGGAUUUUGGGGAAUAUUUCUGUGGUUUUAUCCUUGACUUUGUAAUUACAAUGGUUGUCCCGUGCUCUAUUAUUAUAACACUUUAUUGUAAAAUAUUUGUGGUGGCCAGAUCACAGGCCAAAAAGGUAUUUUCAAAAGAGGCUGCCAGUGUGUCUGGUGUUAAAACUGUACAGGCAAAUAAGUCAGAGAGAAAAGCAGCAAAAACUCUAGCUAUUGUUGUUUUCAGCUUUCUAAGUUGUUGGAUUCCAUUUUAUUU